AUGGCUGGGUUCACCAUUCCUGAUCAAGACGCCCCGCCACCUGGGCCUGCUGAACAAGCGGCUGUGGAGACUACUGUGGUGGUACCCGGUACCGAAGAAACCGGAACUCCAGCUCCAGCAACCGCUGAGCAAGCUGCAGCUGGAGGAGGAUCUAUCCGUCGCCCUAGCACUCACGUUGUGAGCAACGCUGGAGGCCCCUUUUCGCUGCCUCGUCGAGAAUGUGGCGUUGACUUAGAUGUGGACAUGGAAGACGUAAGCGGCCGCGUGGACGGUGCAGAACAUGAGGCUCAAGUGAGACUACCGCUGAGCAAGCGCGUCCAGACAAUGCCCACACUCCCAACCCCUCCGAUUUUUCGUGGCUCGACGGCUCAAGAAAAACAAGGCUUCAUGAAGAAGAUUACGGGCGAACAAGACUUCGACAAGGUCACGAUGCUCAUGAGCCGCAAGCUGGUGAUGGAUGUGAGUCUUACCGAUGCUGACUCAAAGCUUGCACACGCAAUGUACCAAGUGCUCGAGACCGAGAACAUGGAGUGGAUGGUUGAGAGCGAGCCGAAGAAGAUCGUCCAUUACCUGAUGGAUGCCCUGGCCCCAGAGCAGUUCAAGAAGACCGUGAAGAACGAGCUGGCGCGCGAGUCAAACAAGCCCCUGCUGAAGGAUGUCGUCGCUUUUAUCAAGUGGCUUCGUGCCAGCUCCGGCGAGGCAGAAGACCUUCUACGUAAAUGGAGGGAGGCAAGGCCAGGAAAUCCCCCGGUGGAGGCGAAGGUAUCCGCCCCUGUACAUGCUAUCAAAGCGCUUCGCCUCGAAGAAGCUCCGAUCGAUCCGGGCAGCGCAUGCAUGGCUAGGGCGGAGAAUGUUCUCGACAUUCAUGAUGUCCUGCUGGAUUCCGGGGCGGACGUGAAUGUGGCGAGCCGGGGUUUGGUUGACCAAUUGCUGCGGAGUGGUGCUGCAGUGCGAGAGGCGCAGUGUCCGCCUCGGCAGUUGGCUACGUUUGAUGGUAGCUGCUUCGACGUGACGCAACGUGUUAUCUUCAAUGUGAUUCAACUGCGCACGACGGCAGGUCCCUUGCUUCUUCGCAAUACGCGGGCAUGGGUGUUUGAAGAAGAAAAGAGCAAGUCCGUGCUGGUCCUGUCGAGACCCGUAAUGGAGCACCUCGGGACGCCAGACUAUCUAAAUCACCACUUCCUCUUUUACGAACUCUACCACACAAGCGUCUUCUCCUUCUACAUUCAAGACUCCCUCUUCACUAUGGCCGCCUAA